GGGAAAUGAUGAAAACUGAAGUAAUGCUGUAAUGGUCACUUUGGCUCCCUACGGGCCCGCAGCUCGCAACUGGCCGCGCCGCGCGCCACUCGCCGCGCCACCGCCCAUCUUCUCCCUCUCGUCUCGCCGCGCCGCCGUCCAACAUAGUGUUCUCAUCUCGGCACGCAACCCAGGUUGUCUAUCGCCACCAACCCUAGGUUUGGCAGCGGCAAAACACUCCAACUUGCGCCGCCGCCCGCGGCCUCCGAUCCGCUUCGCCCGCGAGCACCUCUCUCCGUCGACCCCAGCAACGGCAGAGGUUCCGCGCCACUGACCCCAUCCGUCUCCAGUCCGCCGCCGCGGAGCUCCUCCCGAGCUCGCCGCCCUGACGAGGCGGCCUGCUCCCCUUCCCUGCUGAGCUCAAUCCGGCCGAGUUCGCUGACCCACUCGCAUCCAGCCCACCCGCACCUCCCCCACCAACCCCCCCCCCCCCCCCCCCCCCCCCCCCCCGUCCUCAGACGAGGUCUCCGUCCAGCGCAGCGCUCUGCUCGUCUCGCCAACAACCCUUUGCCCCCUCCUCCACUCCAGUCCCGGCCAAUUAUACCCCAUACGAAGGAUUAUUUGGCAGCCAACAGUUUAUGUUCUUAGUGGAAAUACUUUGAACCAUUCAGGGCUCCCCGCUUGCCUAUGAGUGAGGCCCCAUGGCGGGGCUGGAGGAGUUGAAGAAGAAGUUGCAACCCUUGAUGUUCAAUGACCCUGACAAAGAUGGCUUUAGUACUAGGGUUCCUUUCCCGGAGGAUACCUGCGAUUCCUAUGUGGUCUCUGAUGGUGGAACUAUAAACUUACUGAGUAGAUCAUUCGGUGAGUAUAACAUCAACGAACAUGGCUUCCAUAAACGAAGUGCUGGAGCAGAUGAGUCAGAUUUUGGCGAGAAGGCAUACCGAUGUGCCUCUCAAGAUAUGCAUAUAUUUGGUCCCAUUGGUAAUGGUGCAAGCAGUGUUGUGCAGAGAGCUAUCUUUAUACCGGUUCAUCGAAUUUUGGCCUUGAAGAAGAUAAACAUAUUUGAGAAGGAGAAGAGACAACAAAUUCUGAAUGAGAUGAGAACAUUAUGUGAAGCAUGUUGCUACCCCGGUUUAGUAGAAUUCCAGGGUGCAUUUUACAUGCCUGAUUCUGGACAAAUAAGCAUCGCCCUUGAAUACAUGGAUGGUGGCUCCUUAGCAGAUGUUAUAAAGGUCAAGAAAUCUAUACCGGAGCCAGUUCUCGCACAUAUGCUACAGAAAGUAUUACUUGGUCUGCGCUACUUGCAUGAAGUAAGACAUCUAGUGCAUAGAGAUAUAAAGCCAGCAAAUAUGCUGGUUAAUCUCAAGGGUGAGGCAAAGAUUACAGACUUUGGUGUAAGUGCUGGUCUGGACAAUACGAUGGCUAUGUGUGCUACUUUUGUAGGCACUGUCACAUAUAUGUCACCUGAGAGAAUUCGCAAUGAGAACUACUCUUACGCUGCUGAUAUUUGGAGUCUUGGACUAACAAUAUUGGAAUGUGCUACUGGUAAAUUUCCAUACAAUGUAAAUGAAGGCCCAGCCAAUCUCAUGCUGCAGAUACUUGAUGACCCAUCGCCAGCACCACCAGAAAAUGCUUUUUCAUCAGAGUUCUGUUCCUUCGUCAAUGAUUGCCUGCAGAAAGAUGCUGAUGCAAGGCCGACAUGUGAGCAGCUUUUGUCACACCCAUUCAUCAAGAGGUAUGAAAAUGCUGGUGUGGACUUGGCAGCAUACGUCAAAGGUGUUGUUAAUCCAGAAGAAAGAUUAAAGCAAAUAGCAGAAAUGCUUGCUGUUCAUUACUACCUCUUGUUUAAUGGCUCUGAUGGGCUUUGGCAUCAUAUGAAGACAUUCUACAUGGAAGACUCAACUUUCAGUUUCUCAGGGAAUUUGUAUGUUGGCCAAAGUGACAUAUUUGAUACUUUAUCAAAUAUAAGAACGAAAUUAAAAGGUGAUCGGCCUCGGGAGAAAAUUGUUCAUGUCGUGGAAAAGCUACAUUGCCGUGCAAAUGAGGAAACAGGAAUUGCUAUUCGUGUGUCUGGAUCAUUCAUUGUCAGCAACCAAUUUCUAAUAUGCGGUGAAGGGUUGCAAGCUGAAGGGAUGCCCAGCUUGGAGGAACUCUCGAUUGACAUUCCAAGCAAGCGGGUAGGUCAGUUCCGAGAGCAGUUUAUCAUGCAUCCAGGGAGAUCCAUGGGGUGCUACUACAUAUCAAGGCAAGAUCUCUACAUUAUCCAAGCAUGAAAACUUUUAUAAUUUCUAAGGUUGAUGAAUUGUUGAUAACGGUGUUGAUCAUCUAUGUGCUCCAGCGAUUGCUCAUAUUGCUUGUGUUUCACUUCAUUUAUGCUGUCAUGGUGGAAACCUUAUUGGGCAACAAGGGGUUGAUGAUUCAAGUUGCCGCUGAAGGGUAUAGGAUGGUAUGAACAUCACAAGACAUAACUUUCACACGCUUUAGAAAAAUCAUUCGGUCCUGUGACUUAUAUGUUUUUGCGAUUAUAACUGCAACGUAAAUUUUUCGUAUUAUCGUCUGUAUGGAGUCCUUUUUUGAACAAUUGUAUUAAGAAGAACAAGAUUAGAUUUAUCUUUACUUAUAAAGAUCUGAGUUCAUUCAUC